GUUUCAAGAGUUGCACCACUGGUAUGAUAGACGACUUCUUUGAACAACGGGCGAUGCCGACGUGAAUCUCUGGAGUAUAAGUUUCCCUGGAGCUACCAGACUUCAAUUGUUACUCUCUACGGUCACUAUGAUAGGCAGAGAUCCUAGUCCACCCCGCCGACAACGAGCAUGCGCUCCUUGCGCAAGAGUCAAAGCAAAAUGUCACUUCCGAGAAGGGAAUCUGGAGAAGCACAUUUGCGAUAGGUACAAUACCUCCCAGGCCAUGUCUGUGAUCAUGUUAGAGUAACAGAGUAAGGUGUGAGACUAUGAAGAAGGA